UCUGUUACUUUCUCUGCUUGAGUAAGGCGACAAACAAACCAGUUUAACUGUCUGGAAUUGUUGAAACUGAUGUGAGGGAAUUUAUGGUGCUGCAGUCCGUUGGAUUAACGUGGAAAAGAAAUUAUUAAACCGCUUGCACGAUUUGUACUAAGGGCGGAUAGGGUCAUCUGAUUGAAAAAUGUCCCGACGUAGUCAGCGUUUGGUUACCACAGGUUACUAUGAUGAUGACAAGGCUAGUACAAGCAGUAGUGCUUCAUUAACAGGAACUGCUUUAUCAUACAAGGAGAGCCCCUUCAGAAUAUUUAAGAAGAAGACUAAUACCAAACGUUCUUCACCUGACCUUCAAGAAGGUGGCUAUUCCACGACAAGUUCCUUGUUUAGGCAGUCUGUUACCAAUUAUGGCAACAGUGGCACUUCAUUGUUACUGGAGGAUGGAAGGGACGUAGAACCUCAAUGGGUUCAACAGGGAAAUGGUUCAGUCAGUCUUCGGAAGAGUAGAAGUAACUUGGAAAAAGAGAGCCUAUAUGGUUCCAAUGGAAGUGAUCCAUAUGCCUCUUCUGGUUAUUCAUCCUCUGAGGAAAAUACAGGUAAAUUCCGCUCUGGCAUGAAAGGCACUUCCAGUGGGCAGUCUGCUUCACUUUUUUGGCAAAUGGUGUGCUCUCCAGGGAAAGCUCUGACCAUGGUGUACUGGUGGCUUGGAACAGCUUGGUAUCACAUGACAACAGCAUUAUCCCUCUUUGAUGUAUUCCUUUUGUCUAGUUUCAUGUCCUAUUGGAAAAAGCCCUUCUUGGCAUUACUGGCUUUUCUCUUACUUGCACUUGCAGCAUGGUAUUUUUUCCCAUUCGGUAUCCUGAAAAAUAUCUUUUCUGGAUCAAGAAAAACAGGAGUACCACUUCAGACAGAUUCACUACAUAGGACAACGGACAUUAACAAGGGGAUGAAACCAGAACAAGAGGUAAUUGAUGAGUACCUCAGUGUGUUUUGCUGGAAUAGUAUGAUAGUUGAAAAAUGCUUUCUGUUGCAUUCAAUACAAUUUGAAGCCCUAUUGAAACAGAUUCACGUUACAUAA